AUGUGUCAACGUGUAGAUCAGAUACAGUUUCUGGUCCGCGUCUCAACCUCUUCAAAUUCUCUCAGUUUAUUCUUUCUUUCUUUCCGUCUUUAUUUUUCUUUUUCUUUCCGUCUUUAUUUUUUUUUCUCUCUUUCUCUCUCUCUCUCUCUCUGUCCGUCUUUAUUCUUUCUCUCUCUUUCCGUCAUUAUAUUUUCUAGCUCUUUCCGUCUUUAUUAUUCUCUCUCUUUCCGUCUAUAUCUUUUCUCUCUCUCUCUCUCUCUCUCUCUUUCUGUCUUUAUUUUCUCUCUCUCUCUCUCUCUCUAUUUUUCUAUCUCUCUUUUCGUCUUUAUUUUUUAUCUCUUUAUCUCUCUCUGUCUUUAUUUUUUGCUCUCUCUUUCCGUCUUUAUUUUUCCCACCCUUUCCGUCUUCAUAUUUUUCUCCCCUCUUUUCGUGUUUAUAUAUUUUCUCUCUUUCCGUCUUUUCUUUCUCUCUCUCUCUCUCUCUCUCUCUCUCUCUCUCUUACUGUUACACAUAUAA